ACCAAAGGCUGUAAUUCAAAAAAGUAGAGGGAAGUCCUCAGGGUGUUCAGUGCAAGAUGAACGCUUUUUAUGUGACUGUGUCUAUAAUUCCACUGAUUUUGGUGUUUGCGGGAUUUAAUCACGCUCAUGGACUAACAACUUUCGGAAAAUCCAAUAAUCAGGGACAACCGCCUGUGCAGCCCACAGUUGCAUCUGGAAAACCAUGUACAAACCAAAACAACUGCACACUAAUCAAAGGAACAACAUGCCUACGAAAUUAUUGCUUAUGUGGCGAUAAUAGUCAUCCGGUGAAUGGAAUAUGCAGUGCAAAAUUUAAAGGGCCCAACCACCUCUGUCAAAAUGAUGACGAAUGUGUCGACAACGCAGUUUGUGUAGAACCUAAAGAGAAGAAAUCGAAUAAUUUUCCAUCCACCGGAAAUAACAGCCCUAUUUUAAUCUGUCAAUGUACGGAGGGUUUAUUCCCUUCACUUGGGGGCCAAUGUAGUGGGGCAGGAAUGAACAUGAAUUUGCCUGGAUUACUGAUUCUAGUGGCUGCACUGGCCAAAGUUUACUAAAAUGCGUGGAGAUUUUCGCCCAGAAAUAUAGAUAACUUCGCACAAGUAUAAAAACUGCACCUUAGAAACAGAUAGAUUAAUUUUGUCAGCUUUGAGCUUCAAUUUUUUAUCUGUAUAGUUCGAAAAUUUCGUUGAAUGUGAUUUUUAACACUUUGGCUACCAAUGAUACUGUGAUGAUUCUGCGCUGUGGUACCAUAUGUAUCACCGGUGAUUAACCUUCUUGGUUUAUUUCUGGACCAUGUGUAUCACCGGUGAUACCAUGCAGAGUGUAGUUUAGAUGACCAUUAAUACCGUUGGUAUAAAAAAUCAGGCAAACAGAGGGUGCCGGUGGGAUGUAAGUGAACCUAAUAGCAUGUCGGACAAGUGGGUAUCAGGGGUGAUUCAUCUUAGUCAAGUUGCAAAAGUAAUAAGAAAAUAGCAAGAUUUGAGGACUAUAAUUAAAACAAUCACGCAUUUUUUGCUGAAUAUUUUAUUACAAAAAGUUACAGAAAAAAGAUACAUUGUAACAGAUAAAAAUAAUAUCUUAGUGUCUUUUUUGAAAACAGUCCAAAUAUAGCGCCGGAGAAUUUGGGCAACUAUUUAUUCCAUACUGUGAGCCCGCCCCGGUAUGAAAAAUGUCCUGAUUCGGUUUCUUUGCGGAUUCCUGUUCAAAAAUGUCCCUUUUGAACAAAUCAGAAGCUGGAAAAUACUAAAACUAUACUCUCCUGGUUCAUUCACAUACUAUGUGAAUCACCGGUGAUCACAAGCAAAUCCCGCCCAAAAGUUAUUCCGGUAUGAUAUUUAAGUCGUCCAGAGCGACAUCUACGAAUCGAAGAAUAAAUUUAUAACCGCAGUGUGAUUGGUACCAGACAGAAAUCAAUGCAAAUUUAUGCCGUAUAACAGCGACUGAAGCUGAUGUAUCACCGGUGAUUCAUAUGGGAGCCCAAGUGUUUUAAAGUGUUGCUUACAUGUAGGUAAUAUGUGUCAAAAACUAUUAUUUUCAAACACAGGAUGUACCUGCAGGUUUUUGUAAAGUUUUCUGGUAGUUACAUAACUAGAUUGUGAAAUUUAAAUAUUUUUAACUAAUGUAAUAGUUUGUUAAUUUAUAGGACACUUUCUAGUACCUGAUAUUGUACUAAAUCGUAAAAUGAAUUUACAUUGGAGGAAUAAAGUAAUAUAUUACGUAUUGAAAAUAACUUGUUCAACACAAUGUUGUUGUAGAUUGUAGAUCAGGUAUACCAAUUAUACCAUAGUUUUUUCAAAAUUACUAAUAAAAACGUGUGGUAAAUGUCAUCUAUAUUAGGUAUUUAGAAUAUUUUAAUGACUAUUAUUUUGUGAUAACUGACACUUGUUUUUACACAAAUUAUUAUCUCCUAAAUUUGCUUUUUUACUUUUUUCCUACCUUUAAAAACGUCUCUAUUUGUCAUUUUUAUCUCUUCAGAAACUGCUUUCCCGUCUUGCAACACUGUAAAUUAGGAUAUCGCACCACUGACUAGCCACUCUGCAGCGCUACUGAGUGGAUCCACAAAGUGGCUUAAACAGGCGAUUUUGUAGCGCCAAUGAUUUUGUAAUGGAAGCCACUAGCAGCGAAGAUCGGCGACAGUGGCUGGCCCUCAUCAAAGAACUCUAUAGCUCUAGUGGCUGGCCACAGUCGCCGAUCCUCGCUGCUAGUGGCGUCCAUUACAAAAUCAUUGGCGCUACAAAAUCGCCUGUUUAAGCCACUUUGUGGAUCCGCUCAGUAGCGCUGCAGAUUGGCUUGUCUGUUUCUGUUCUUAAACAUAUUUUCCAGUUGCAAGUUGUUUUAAUAAAACUGAAAGGGAAUCAUUUUCAUGUUAUAAAUGAUGAAUUAAUGAACUAAUAUAGGCAACUCUUAUCACAUGGUUGGAUAUUUAAAUCGGCAGAAUACUGAAAUUACGCAAAUAUGCGGUUCCCGCAGUCAAAGGGUUAAUGAGAGUUACUUGCUUAUUUGUGUGACAUGAACACUUUUUUAGGAGGUUUUUGCCAUCUUCAUCUUUACACCCGCAAAGGUCUUAUUUCUGGUUGUUGCACCGAAUUGAAUAGCCACUCAUUUUGUAAAAUUUUGGAAUAGUUUUGCUUACUUAUAUAGCUCGGCAUACGUCAGUAGCUUUCUUGAGUGUUAUUUAUGAUUUUCUAAGUAAUUUCUCUACCGUAGUGUUGGUGUAGAUGUCUACUUUUUCUUAUAAACAAUGUGUUUUGGGAAAGACCAUAUCGAAGAAGACGGUCGAGAAAAAGAUAGAAAGCAAUAGAAGAUAGAAAGAUAGCAGGCCUAGAGGAUCUGGGGGAAUGGAAAUGGGAGUGAGACAGUGGGAAAUAGUGACACUAGCAAUAAAAUAGUAAACGCAACGAAUACUUACGAAGAGUUGUGACAACCUUGAUGAUAAUAACACUUUUUUAAAGAGAUUUUUAUAAUUCUGUAAGAAAUCUGUAAUCAAAUGCACUGAAUAAUACUAUUAAACUUUUCUUGGCAGAGCGCGGUACUUCAAAUUUCUUCUUUAAACAUUAAACCUGCACCAAACGAAAAGAUCUUAUCCAGAUAUCUUAUCCUAAGAUAAGUUCCAAAACUUCUUUGUUUACUAGGUUUAAAAGAAUUGCUAGUUUUGUGCUUUUUGGUUUUGAGGUCAACUCAGUAGAAGUUAAGGAAUCAAACACUUGGGUAAAUUUAGCCAAUUGUGAGAGAUGUUUGUUUCCAUUCGAUGCUAGAUGUUUAGGGGGCUUAACCAUGAGCUCGAUGAUGCCGGCACUUUUUUAAGCUGGAACUAGAUACAGUAGGUACUAAUAUAUAGGUAUCCAAAAACAAGAAUUGAUUGCAUUCUGUAAACAAUGUUUACACCUUACUCCAUGUGUUGGAUUGCGUGGUUCAAUAAAACACUUCUUUUACAUGAGGUAACGGAGGGCUCUACCCUUGUACCCACAUGACAUGAACCAGCGUAUAGUUCCUGAUCAGUAGCAUCUAUUUAGUCAUAUGAUAACAGUUGCCUAUAAAUAUUAAGGGUUCAUUUUAUACGAUUAGGACUUCCUAUCUAAACUACUGCUGAAGACUUUAAUUUGAAGACUGAAGAAAACACCUUAAAUCCAGUUUCAAAUUAGCUUGGUCUGUGCGCAUCACACUAUGGCGCAGUUUGGAUGAGUCUUGAAAUGUUUAGUAUAUUUCACAUGUCUUUUAUUUCUGGUUUAAAAGAGUUUAUCUAGAGGUUGCAAUGGUGCAAGUUUGGAACAAAUCAGGAAGAGUUAAUGAUCAGUCGUAAUACAUUGAAUUGAAAGACUUGUAAUCCCUGUACUAAAUACAGGUGUUUCUCAACAAAACAGUGCAUGGUAGUAAUGCAAAAUAUGGUUCGAUUGUUUUAGAUGUUACAGGGUAUGUAGCUUAAGAGUCUAUGAAAAAGUCUGUGUGCAGGCGUCCCUUGAUUUUCAUGUGGCUAGUAAUGAAGCAUGUUAUGAUUAGAAGCUAAUUCCUGCCUUUUUUUCAGUAGUACCUACUUACUUCCGCCUUAUUAGUACAUUGUUAGGUUAGUUCGUCCAGUAUUCAAUUCAUAUACUAUUACACUGGUAUUUCUAGUUACAUACAGUGUAUACGUCUUUAUUUAUAAAUUUCAAAUUUUUUUAAAAGAUAAUGGAGAAACAUAUCUUUUUUCUAAAAUUCAUUUCUCAGUUGCUAUUGAAUAUGAAAAGCUGAUAAUUUAACAUACUGUUCUACUAAUCUUGCUUAACCAACAGAAAAUCAGAUACUUAUUUCAAAAAUAUUUAAUAAUUUAAUCAAUUUAUUGAAAAAGUCUUACAACUUCAAUUUCUACACCACAACGGUUUAGAAUUUUAUAUGUGUGACAUGAAAAAUUCAUAUGGACAUGCAAAAAAUAUAGUCACGCACGAAUUUGUAGAACCUCUAACUACUGUGAGAAAAAAGAAAUGAGUUAUUAAACAUUUUGCAAAUUGAUUUUUUGCUUUAUAGCGACGCCACCCUUGCGCAGCUUUAGAACAAUAAUUAAUAGCUUUGUAAAAAUUAUGUAGGCCCCAGAUAAUAAUGGGUGCGUUCGGAUGACCAUAGCGGCUGGCGGUCAGCAGAAAUCGGCUGAGUGGUUGUAUCCAGCCGUGAUAGGGAAAGCUUAGUAAAUCUCUCAGCGGCUGGCUUCCAGCGGUGACGUCUGACAGCUACUGCUGGCUCAGCUGUCCAGCCGCUGUGGUCGUCCGAACGCACCCAAUCACUUAGAGCUAGUAGCUAGUCUUAUGUUGUCAGCAUGUGUAUCUCUAUAGUUUUCGAUAUAAAUGAGAAAAUCUUGGGAAACCGUGGUUUUCACUCUUUAAAAAAAAUGAGAUGAAAUGAAAUUGUUUCUUACCUCCUUACUAAUGUCCAAAUCAUAGAUGAUAUCCAACACUUAUGAUUUUAUUAAAGCUUCAGGUUUUUAGUUAAAUUGCCAUCUCUUCGUUUAAUAACAUGAGUGGGGUGUAGGAGAUUCUAAUAGGUUCUCUACUAUUAUUAAACUUUAUUAAUAUCGAGAUACUAUGUCCAAAAACUUAUCUAAUUAAAAUGAAAUCGACGUGUAGAUAUUCAUCUGGCUUUUAUACUCAAAAUGAGAUGAUUUUUAGCAGAUCCAGACGUUCAACAGUAUUUAUUUUUCUGUACAAUUACUGUAGUGUUUGUACAGAAUGGGUGUACGGAGUAAUAUAUGCACUGGGGCUAUGAACAAAAUAAUAAAGGGUAAAGAAAUAUUGCGUCAUACAAAAAUAAGAGAAUAAAAAACGAUAAGUAGACCUACAAUUCUAUAGUGAGCACGUAAAGGUUGGAAUAAAUUCAUUUUCUCAAGAACGGACGAUUUUGGAAAAAAAUCCCGAAACAGGUCAAUUUUUAUUUUUAAAUUACGUCUUUUUGGCAUAUAUAUCAUACUAGUGACGUCACCCGUCUGGGCGUGAUGACGUCAUCGAUGAUUUUUUUAAAAGAGAAUAGGGGUCGUAUGGUAGCUCAUUUGAAAGGUAAUUCAAUUCUUUAUUCAGUAAUAUAAACAAUAACAUAAUUAUUUAUACAGGGUGCCUAAAAAAAUUUUUUUUGAAUUAAAUUUAUUGACAUAAAAAGAAGAAUGUGUGUAAUUUAUUUAAUUCAAAAUACAUUUUACUGCUAUCAGAAAACAGAAAAAAAUGUUUUUUGGCAAGUAAAUGUUGUUUUUUGCUUAAAUUCAAUAUUAAAGCAGCCACCCACCAGCCUCGUGACAAUUUGAACAUUUAAUUUAAGCCAAUAUCAAUGAUUAUUUUUCAAAUAUUCAUUUUUUUAUGUUUUCUGAGAGCAGUAAAAUGUAUUUUGAAUUAAGUAAAUUACAUAUAUUCUUCUUUUUAUGUCAAUAAAUUUAAUCCAAAAAAAAUUUCUUUGGACAACCUGUAUAAAUAAUUAUGUUAAUGUUUAUAUUAUUGAAUAGAGAAUUGAAUUACCUUUCAAAUGAGCUAUCACACGACCACUAUUCUCAUUUAAAAAAAUCAUCGAUGACGUCAUCACGCCCAGAUGGGUGACGUCACUAGUAUGAUAUAUAUGCCAAAAAGUCGUAAUUUAAAAAUGAAAAUUGACGUGUUUCGGGAUUUUUUUCCCAAAUCGUCCAUUCUCGAGAAAAUGAAUUUAUUCCAACCUUUACGUGCUCACUGUAUAUGGGACCGAGACAUGGACUAUGAAUAAAACCAUACAGAAGCCUGGGAAAGAAAGCCAAUUCGCAGAAUAUUUGGUGGAAAAGUAGUAGAGGUAGAAUGGAGAAUAGUGAGAAAACGCAGAGUAGAAUGGCUCGAUCAUCUAGGAAAAAUGCAGGAAGGUAGACAAGUAGAGAAUAUGGGUUGGAAAGCACUUUAGCGCGAAAAAAAAAAGAGGAAGACCAAGAAGGAAAUGGAGAGAUGCAGUAAUAGAAGAUGUAGGUGAGUUGGUAAUAAGAUAUUUGAAGCUGAAAGCUAAGAAGAGAAAACAAUGAAAAUUAUCCAUCCACCAAUGGUCCUAAAAGACCUGUUAACGCUGUACAUACAUACAUACAUAUACUGUAGGUUCCAGAUAAUUUGCUGGGAAAUUUCAACCGAUGUUCUACACACUGUUGUUGUUGUUUUAUGUUCUAUUUAGGAUAUAGGGUAGGAUUCUUUAUUAGAUUAGGGUCAGGACAGGUUUUGUUAUCUCUGUUUAGGAUUUUGGUGGUCCUUCUCCAGGAUUUGUGGUUGAUUUUUAGUGUAUCCUACAAAUAAAUGCCAACUGGGUGGUACUUUUUGGGCAUUUGGUGAUGGGGAUGGCCGUUGAGAUGUCGAGUCAGACCAGAAAGAAGCUGGUUGGACGUUGUUGUUCUUUCCAGUUGUGUAGUGAAAGUUUAUAUAUACAGUGAUGAGCGCGCUAAUAUCCGGAAAAAUAACGCAAAAGAUGGAAAACAUAGAGAGAUCAUAAUGGAAACUAUCGAUAUAAACGUAUAAAUUAACAUUACAUUACCUACAUAGUUUCUCAUCUUUAGACGUCUGUGACAAGAGCAUUUUAUAAAAUUCUCCUGUCACAGUGACAGUUGUCAUACUCCUCCGAUACGUCUAAAGGUGGGAAACUAUGUAAUGUUAAUUUAUACGUUUAUAUCGAUAAUUUCCACUUCUACAAGUUUCAUCUUUUUGCUUCACAAUGUAUUAUGUUUUCCAUCUUUUGCGUUAUUUUGCCGGUUAGCGCACUCAUCACUGUAUAUAAUUUAUUAUAUCAUAAUUUAUAUUAUAUGUCGGUACAAAAAUUUGGUCUACAUAGAUUGUCAAAUUUUAUGUAAAGUGUAAAUUCCUUUUACGGUUAUGUCAAACUUAAAAUGAAAGGCUUGAAUUAUUAAUCGUUAAUGUUUUGCAAAUUUUAUAUUUAUUUUUGUUAAAAUAAUUACCAAUUUGAUGCAUUGACAAGUACAACUAGAAUUAGGUUAAAUUUUUAUAUUAUAUAGUAGUUUCUACACAUUCACAUCUAUACUUACCACAUUGAUUUCAAUAUCACGAUAAAUGUAUUGUAAAUGCACAAUUAAAAGGAAUAAAUAACAAAUUACAAUAUAUUGCGGUAAACUUUAUUGUAAUUUUAUAUGUCAGAAUAACGCCUUGUUUAUAAAUAAACCAAUAAAAUAAUACAAUAA